AUGAGCCAGAUAUUAUCGCCACGACAGGCCGAGGAGCUGCACAAGUCAAUAAUCGCGUACCUUAAUUCGAUAAACCAAUCCAGCAUUGCCGCAACAUUACAAGAAACGCUCGGUAUCAGUAGCAGCUUCGAUGCUCCGACCAUGAAAAGAUACGAAGGACUCUUGGAGAAGAAGUGGACGAGUGUUGUCCGCUUGCAGAAAAAGAUAAUGGAAUUGGAAUCUAGAACCGCGAGCUUGCAGGGCGAACUCGAUCAAGCGACACCAUCCUCCCUCUCCAGACGAAAUCAGGAUCCUGCCAGUUGGCUUCCUAAAUCACCAGCAAGACUCACGCUCCAAUCACAUAGAGAGCCUGUAACUUGCGUGGCCUUUCAUCCAAUAUUCUCUUCACUUGCCUCUGGUUCGGACGACAAUACUAUCAAAAUAUGGGAUGGGGAACUUGGAGAGUUAGAAAGGACGCUCAAGGGCCAUACAAGAACUGUUUUGGAUGUCGAUUUUGGUGGGCCAAAGGGAGGCACUCUGUUAGCGUCUUGUUCGAGUGAUCUUACCAUCAAAUUGUGGGAUCCUAGCACUGAGUAUCAGAACAUUCGAACACUUCCUGGGCACGAUCAUUCAGUCUCCGCUGUCCGUUUUAUAUCAUCCUCGGGAAACCUUCUCGUUUCCGCCAGUCGAGAUGAAACUCUUCGGAUAUGGGAUGUACUAACAGGAUACUGUGUGAAAACAAUUCGUGGACAAAGUGAUUGGGUUCGGGAUGUGUCGCCUUCUUUCGAUGGAAGACGGCUAGUGUCUGGUGGGUAUGAUCAAAUAGGACGGACAUGGGAUGCCACAUCAGGAGAAGCAAAAGCGACUUUGAUUGGCCACGACAACUACAUUGAGUGCUGUGUGUUCGCGCCACCGUCAAGCUACAAGCACCUAGCAACUUUGGCCGGAUUGGAAAAAACACCACCGGCAGGAAAUUCAGCCGAAUACAUUGCCACUGGGUCAAGAGACAAAACUAUAAAGCUAUGGGAUAGUCGAGGGGCUUUGAUCAAAACCCUUGUGGGCCGUGAUAGCUGGGUGAGAGGACUAGUAUUUCAUCCUGAAGGCAAGUACCUGAUCAGUGUCUCUGAUGACAGGACCCUACGUUGCUGGGAUCUUUCUCAAGAAGGAAGAUUAGUAAAAACCUUGGAAGACUCCCAUGGACAUUUUGUUAGCUGCAUACGAUGGGCCCCUAGUCUUGUGAAUGAUUCACCCAUAAAGGGAGUUGGAACGGUAACUAAUGGAGACUCGAGGAAGGAAGAUGCUAUCAAGGUUAGAAGUCGAUGUGUAAUCGCCACAGGAAGCGUAGAUCUGAAUGUACGCAUCUUUGCCUCAUGA